AUGACGACCAGCUGCCCCAAGAGUGUUGCAGAUCAAUACCGAUGGCCCCAAAGGUUUCUGAGGUCCGCUGUUGCAAGUUGGGGCAAGAAGUAUGUCCUGGACAGCUUAUCAGUGAUGAGCUGGAAAAUGUCAACGACAUUUUCUGGUAUGGGCUGUUUCGAAAGUGCUGCACUUUCAGUUCGCGACCAUGCACAGGACUUGCUGCACAAGAAUGGUCGCGGAGAAUCGGCCUCUGUCGACCUUCGUUCGGCUUUGGACUUUGACUGCAAGGACAUUGUUUUCUUCGAGAACACGCCUGGGUAUGAGGCAGAGGAUUUCUUUUGGAGCAAAGCGGACGGGUCUCCAGAUGUGUGCGCAAGGGAUAAGAAAACUAUCCGGGACUACCGCCGCUGCUUCGGUGAGAACAAGAAGGUUUUCGAUUUGUCCCAGCGGAGUCCUACCUACUUUCGGACUGAGCUUGCGGAUGGCUGCAUGAUGGUUCUGAAGACGAACACGAAGCUCUACUCUGACCAUGACAAACAACACCGAACCAUGUCGGCCGAAGAAAUCUGUGCCUGCCUGGCACUGCCGUGCAACAAGACUUUCGCUCGAGUUGCCAAAGGCCCUCUCUUCGCGGUGGAUGCUGUGCCCUACAAUGCCAUUGUCCAUUUGGCUGGGCUCGGACGUUGCAAGAUCAGUCCCGGCACUGCCGGCGAGGCGUGCCCCUCAUGCGCAAGCGAACUGGCAAUGCCUUUGGCGGAAAGGAGCUUUGAUGUUGACGCAGAUGAACAUCCUUGCCAGCUCGUCUUCAAGUACAUGGCCCAUGAUCAGGAGCACUUUGAAAUCCUGCUCAACAAUAUGAAUGCCUGGUUCGUGGCCAGGGGAAUUUCGACUCCAGAGGGUCUGCUGCUGGACAACUUCACGUUUCCCUCCGAUGACGGUGCUUAUUCAUUGCCCUUGCUAUCCUUUUGGAUGGCAAAGCCAACCGAAGGGUUUCCGCCUUUAGUUCAGUUUCGCCGAUGGUGUGAGUCGAUAUGGUUUUCAUUCGAGAAGGCGCGGGAGCCGCUCGAAGUGCAUGCUGUGACCGUGGCAGGAGGUGACAUGCUGCAACAGGGUGCGGUGGGCCUCACGAAGGGGUACACCAGGUCGGCAGUGAUCUUGUAUGCCAUCAUCCGGACUCUGAUGAUCGAGGAUACAGAGGCUAUGGCAGAGCCAGAACGGGAAUUCUUUACCCAAUGGAUGCUGGACGUGCUGCUCAUCCCGGUGAGCUUUGUUUCCCGCAGCCAGCACGAGCACAGUUUCAGGUCCCUGCAACUCGCUCACCAAGCGAGUCUGCGUGAGAAAAAGAAUUUGCUUCAGACGGCUCUUCGAUUUCAGGAACGUGCCGAAGACAACCCCAGCUGGACCCUGGAGGUUGCUUUGAACUCUGCUUUCGACGAGUACAACAACUUCGGCCUCGCCCAGCAAAGCCAGCAGUUCAAGCUUGCAGAACGGGAAAUGUAUGGCAUCAAGGCCCUGCUCUCUGGUGUGUCUGGGGACGUGCAAAAGCUGAUGGCUCGUCAUCUGCAGGUCAACACGUGGCAGAACUCAGGUGCAGGGAACAUCCGCAACAGCCGGUGGUUGAUUGGAUCUUCGGGAAGGGGCGCCACUCCCUACUGGCAAGCAGUCGAAACUGUGAACCCCGGCAAGCAGCUGUUCUUUAUGGAACGAGCCAUAUUCCUCUUCAACAUUCGCAAGAAGCAAGUGAAGAACCUCAGCACUGCCCGCGCUUCCCCGGACCAGUGGGAGCAAAUGCUUGAAACUUCUUGCCUCAUCUAUCAGCUGCUCGAAGAUAUGAAGGCUGCCACGGACGCAGCCGGCGUGCCAAUCUUCAAGCCGGACGAUGUGCGCAAGGCCCGGACACGUGCCUUGGAAGGGGACUAUGCCGGGGAGUUCCAAAACUUGAUCUUGGCCAAGGUCGACUUCCUGGCGUCCGAUUUGACAUUCUGGCAGGACUACGGUGAUUGUCGGAUGUUGCUCCAGGACCACAUGUCCAAGGAGCCAGCUUCCUCGUCGGUGUUCGGCAGCCCAACCUGCGACACACGUGUCAGUGAUGCGAUUACAACUUUGGACAUGGAAUCGGUGCAAAAGUCCUACGAGGCUGACCUCCUGUUCGUCGCAAACAGCUAUGUCGAAGAGCAUAUGAACAUCAUGGAGGCGGACCAUCUAGAUGCUGUCGCCGAAGAGGUCCGGCGUGUCUGCAGCGCGUACCCGAAGAAAAGUGCUGGUGUGAUCAUCGCUCCCACGAUGAUCUCUUCGAAGGUGGUGGCCGGCAAACGGGGUGAGCUGAGGCGUGUGGAAGACAAGCUCGACACCCGCAACCUCACCAGUGUUCGAUUCGGCAUCCGGAUGGAGCAAGGGCACGGAAACCGACGCCUCCCACUCAUCUUCCCUGCCUAUGUGGCCGUGAAUGACAGUGCCACUUCGAAUAUCUUCUCCACUUCGAAGCUGCUUCUGAACGAGUGCACAAGGAGCGAAAUCAGCUGGCUGCCAACACGGGAGUACAAAGUGCCGCACGCCAAAAACACGACUCCAGCAACCACAGAAGCAACGGAGAGGAUUCUGACAUACAGCUGUGGCCCUGCUGUGGAAACCCAAUUCGCGCAACGGCUACUGGCCCAGAAGCUUGCUGAGGAUUGGAAAUCGGGAGCCCAACUUCUUGGUGUAUCAGCUGCACCCUACAAUCCGGUCUUGGAGGAGUUCACCGAGUCGGUUGCCGUGCCUGAGCUCCUUCUGUGCGAGCUGGGAUCGGAUGCCACCGGUGCGAAGAAGCUGGUCCUGAGCGGCACAGUCAGGGCCAAGUGGCAAGAUGAUCCAAUUCGAAAGGAUGGAUGGGCCGACGAGCUUUCCAAGUUCGAUGCCAGGUUUGGGACGCCCUCGACCUCAGCUUCACCUACCACUGCUGCUCCUACAACCGUGCCAUCCCCUGCCAGCCAGGCCGAGCCUGCAGCAGCAGGGAGAGCAGAGAGGGCGCCUGGUCCAGUGUCCGGGGCCUGGGCAGCGGAACCCAGAACUGUGGCUGAUCUGGAGGAAAUGUAUGACAUGGUGCUGUGCAUCCCCGGGCGAAUCCCCACGACGCAGCUUAGGGUGGUCAAUGCAUCCGUGAAGGGCAAACCUCUAUCAGAAGCUUCGGAUAUCGUGCCCGAGCAAGAGCACAAGCUGUUCAUCGCAUCAUCCUCAAUUUUUUUCUAA